UACCCAUCCUUUUCUCUCCACCUUUCCCGCACCUCUCUUUCGUGCAGUCUUCUCUUAUUUGUUCAUAACUUUUUUAUUAAUUAUAAAGUUCGUUGUUUCCACAAUUUAUAUAUAUAUAUUCUUAUCAUUAGUUAUUAUAUGGAUAUCGAGCUCUUGAAGUCAGCUACCGACGACCAGCUCCAAAUGAUGUUCAUGAUGCACCCCGAUAAAAUGUACUCCGGCGGCGGCUGUGGCGGCGCACCUUACGGGGACGAUGACUCCGACGAAAUGCAGAUGAUGAUGAUGAAUUUCAACCCUCAUAAUACUCCUCAUCACUUCAUGGCCGAUCAUCAUAUCAACCACCCUGCCGCUUCCACCAUAUCAUUCUCCGGCGGCGGCGGCGCCUCCUCCCCCGAAGAGUGGGAGGUGGGAGACUUGGCGGCGGCGGCGCCGAAGCGGACGGCGACGUCCAUGGCGGCGAUGAGGGAGAUGAUAUUCCGGAUAGCGGCGAUGCAGCCGAUCCACAUCGACCCGGAGGCGGUGAAGCCGCCGAAGAGGAGGAACGUGAGGAUAUCGACGGACCCGCAGAGCGUGGCGGCGCGCCACCGGCGGGAGAGGAUCAGCGAGAGGAUUCGCAUCCUGCAGCGGCUGGUCCCCGGCGGGACCAAGAUGGACACGGCGUCGAUGCUCGACGAGGCCAUCCAUUACGUCAAGUUCCUGAAGAAGCAGGUGCAGUCGCUGGAGAGGGCCGCUUGCGGCGGCCGGAGUGGAUCGCCGUCGGCGGAGACGGGGUUCCCGGCGUCGUCGAAUCAGUUGACCGCGAAUUAUUUUCCCAUCACGAGUGACGGUGACGUGCGUUAUCGGUUGACUUAAAUAAAAUUUAGUUACUGUCGGAGACCGUACCGACCAGACCGAACAGUCGAGGUCGAGAGAGCUAUACAAGGUUCUUGCUUACAGUAACUAAAUUAAUUAAUUACUCCGUAAUUAGCCAUUGUUGUCAAUUAAUUAUUGAUUACGUACGAAAUCUUUCCCACGCGAUCACACAUAAACUAAUUAGCGAUAU